CGAUCCCGCGGAAGCUCAAAUUUGUAAAAUCUUCAAGCUCUUCAAACUUUGUUCGAUUCAAAAGCAAUCUUUUCGGUCAAAUAACAAGCCCAAACUCAAGAAAUUGAUAGAUCCAAUGAUGAAGCAUCUGUUUGUGUAGUAAAAUUAUAGUUUAGUCAGGACCUUUCUACAGACUUCACUGUCAAACUUUGGCGAGCUUGGUUAGUGCAACAAUGUCGGAUCGAAAUGUCGAGCCAAUCAUGGACGAAAGCCAUUUAUGUGUCAGUUUGAAUAAUUUUCCCGCCUUUAGAGAGGAUAUAUAAACAAGCGCCUUCAUCAAGACACCAUUCUUCACUCAGAGAUAAACUACUUUGAACAUGUCUGGUCGCGGUAAAGGAGGAAAAGGUCUAGGAAAGGGAGGCGCGAAGCGUCAUCGCAAGAUCCUUCGGGAUAACAUCCAGGGCAUCACCAAGCCUGCCAUUCGCCGUCUCGCCCGCCGUGGUGGAGUCAAGCGAAUCUCUGGCCUCAUCUACGAGGAGACCCGUGGCGUUCUCAAAGUCUUCCUUGAGAACGUUAUCCGUGAUGCGGUCACCUACACCGAGCACGCUAAGCGCAAGACUGUCACCGCAAUGGACGUGGUCUACGCUCUGAAGCGACAAGGCCGAACCCUGUACGGAUUCGGCGGCUAGAGUAUCAAGUCAACUCCAUCAAACAACGGCUCUUUUAGGAGCCACCACAUGCCACGAAAGUCAUGUUCAAAUGCUUCUUUACCCCA